CGUGUCCCAGAUAAAAUAAAGAACUAUGAUACUUACAAAACAAGAAUUGUUAGAGUGAAUCAUCAUCAUCUAUAUACAAGAAAAACUAAAGAGCUUGAUCUGGAACCCAACUGGGCCAUUGCUGAUCUUGAUUCUUGAAAGAUAUAUAGACACACAUAUAUGAUGCUACACGAUAAUGGGGAUGCACCUUCUCGGUUUGAAUUGUUGGAUAUCGUUAAGAAGCAUUCAGUGUUAUUACGGAAAGAGUCUGUUGACGAUCAAGAUGUUUCUGAUGUGGAAAAGAAUCACGGAUUUUGGCAUGAUGUCAUGGAACUGUAUUUUGUGACUGGUAAGGAGGCAAGGAGACGGUUGGAUGAUGAUCUCAUAUUCUUUGUUAGGAAAACGAGCAUGGAUGGGUUUGAAUUCAUUGACAGUGCAGAGGACGACUCCCCUUACUUUGUGCGCAGGUGGGCACCUGAGUUGAAUAAUUUAGUGGAGAAGAAUGCAGUAAACGUGGACUGGAGAUGCUCAUUUUACUUGAACUUAAUUGCGCACUCUUCGUUUAGUGUAACAGUGUUAAUUUGCAGUCAUCAGGCUCUUCAGAAUUAUCAAAGUGGUGAAACAACAUCGAUAUCUCCCAUAUGUAAGGUUGUGAAAACUGUUUAUGCAUCUCCAGACCGUGUAAAUUUCCAUGUAGACUCAAGGAAGGAAGUAGAGACAACUCCUUCCUAUCCAGAUGUAUGUUUUGCAGUUGAUGAUUUUGAUUCCACUUUUGAUGCAAUGGUGCUAACUGAUGUCGACCAUUGUUUCUGUGUUCUCCUACAUGCACACGGUGGAGCAGCUUUUCCUAGUGAAACAAUAUCACAAGAUUCUAGUUCUAGUGACAAUUCUUCAGCAAAUUCCGGAAAUGAUACAGGAAAAACAAAGCAUCCAAAGGUCACACUUUUCUCAGGAUUUGUCAGCUAUCAAAUUGUCCGAGAAGCAAGCGAUGCUGGUAAAUCUGGAUUCAGUAGUCUUUUGUCAAUUGGUCAUACGUCUGGCAAGACACACAAGCUACACAUGAAAGGUCCUGGAGGUCGUGGGGAAGUUGAAGUGGCCAUUUCUGGUGUUUUAGAUGGAAGCAUGCAGGGAAUACCCUCUUAUUCGUCAGCGAAAUCGUCUAAGAAAAAAUCUCGAAUCAGAGAAACAGUACGUAAAGCAGCGAUUGUAGCAUCUGCGACCGCGAAGCAUGUAUAUGCAGCUGGUGAAAGCCAGAGUUCUGACAAAACGCAUCCACUGAAGUGCUGUUUGAUGUCCAUAUCAUUGCCCUGGGAAUGUAUUGCUUACGACCUCUUAUUUAAGGGAAAUAUACAGGCGAACUUGCAAGUGGCUGAUACUUAGGAUCUUCAAGAAAAAUGUAAAUACGUUGUUCCGGUUGUUUUAUAUAGAAUAGGAAUCCACAUCUUCAAGGAGAAGAAACACAAGCGGGGAGGUUCAUGCAGCAUGGAGAAGGAAAAUGAUACAUUUGAAAAAGACACUGAUAUUUAUUUCCUUGGAUGUUAUAGGAAAUAGAACAAAGAUAUACCAGUGAAGAUGGUAACAAGGAAAUGUAAGCAGAUGUAAUAAUAUAUGUUACUAGUUAGUCGACAUAAGAUUAUUUAUGAAAGCAAUUUGAUGUUUAAUACUGUAGAACUUUGCUUGAGCCCGAGGAUUUAUUUUAUCAGCUGACUUAUCUC